CAGAUAAGUUGUUAUUGGUGACUGAUUUUUGUUAAAUUAAAUAAUUAUAAAACAAAGCAAUUCCAUGCGUAGAAUCGUUGAAGAAAUGCAUCCUUACUGGCUGGAAAAACCCCUCUACAGCAAUGCGGAGAGACAAUACUACGAGAGCGCGGGAAAAACUAUCACUUUGGUAGUUGCCGAUUCAAUAAUAAAAAAGACCAAAAGGAUUACCAAAGCCAUGGCAGAGAAGGAGAAGGAAAAUGAACAUGAAAACCAACAGAAUGCUCCGCAAAGUCAGCAAAGUAGUUUUCUAUAUCUGAAUCCGCUGACUAUGGAGGCAAACUUCUUUCUUCAAACCCUUGAGGAUGUCACUCGUACUCAUGGCAAUCAGCUACAAUUGGAUCCACAUUUGACCAAGCUGUUGGAAAGCAUUGUAGUGGGAAUUGAAAAAUAUUUAGAUGGCAAUCCCACCUACAUUGGGGCCAAUGAAACUAAUGGUGAAUCCGGCAACACAGAGAGUGGUGUGAACUUUGUACUGCCUGCAGAGCUGUCCAAGAUCAAACGUACGUUCAGUUGCACUGCAUGCACCAAUCGGAUAGUAGGAACUACCAUAAACAAGGCAGUGGCUCAUUUGGCCGAAAGACAUCCGAAUCCCAAUCCCAAUAAUCAACCACAAAACCCGACACAACAUCCAACGCGACAGGAGAAAAAACGCGCCCAGGUGGAGGCGCGUGCCAAGCUGAAUAUUCAAUUGCCCAAGAAGGCCAAAUCUCUGAUUUUAGGUGAGAUGACAAAUGUAUUCAAGGACAAGUAUCCUGUAGCUGAUAAAUUAAAAGUCAUACCGGAGUACGAUCAAAUUGAACAAGAUCUGUGUUUGCUUCUGGCCCCUGUGUUUCCAAAGCAGCAAAUGCGAGUUUAUAAAUUUGGUUCUCGUAUCACCGGCAUUGGCACUCGGUCCUCCGAUCUGGAUGUAUUUGUGGAUAUUGGAAACACUUUUCACAUCUUUGAGCAUCGCGCCUCGAAGACCACCAUUGCCAAAUUGCGAACGAUGCGAAUGAAAUUCGUCAACAGUAACCAUUGGCGGAUCAUCAGUGUGAUAGAACAGGCUCGUGUUCCCAUUAUAAAGACUUGCCAUCUGCCCACUGGCAUUGAGUGUGACAUUUGUCUAAAUAGUUUGGGUUUUUGUAAUACAAAUUUACUUAAAUAUCUUUUCGAAUUGCAGCCCAUUGCUCAAUAUAUGUGUAUCUACGUGAAGAACUGGUUGGAACGUUGCAAGCUUACGGAACAAAUAACUACUUAUAGCAUAACCCUAAUGUUGAUUUAUUUUUUGCAAUUGGAAAAACUUUUGCCCCCCAUAAAUGUUUUGCAAGAUGAUCAGGGCUUUAAGCAGAUGGUGGGACCUUGGAUAGUGAACUUUGCACAAAAAUCGUUAAGUGAACUUGGUUUACAAUCUGUGGAAGUCACAGUGCCGGUUGUGAAAAAGUAUUUAAAAGCUUUCUUUAGUUACUAUGCCACAUUUAAGUAUGAUCGUUUUUUGGUCUGCCCAUAUUAUGGUAUACCAGAUGUCGAUUUAUUGCUUAUUGAAAAGAGUCUGCCCGGGCGCUAUUCGAAUUAUGCCCAAGAGAAUCCCGACUGUACCUUACAAUUGCGCAAGCCGAUGGUUGUCCAUGAUCCCAUACAAUUGAAUCAUAAUGUUACCAAAGCAGUGACCCGAAAUGGACUUCAAACGUUUGUUGAUUAUUGCCAGCAAACCUCAGCUUUGCUGGGAGACUCUGGGCAAAAUUGGCGUCAGCGAAAUGCUUAAGGAUGCAACGAGCUACAGUUCUAUUUCUUUAGCUUUAAACAAUUAAAAAUAUUACCAUCUUUCGUAAUUGAUAGGUUCAACAAUGAAAAUGUGAGAAAGAAAAACUUCGUAUGGCCAAUUAAGUUUUUAAGCAAUACGUUUUGAAUAUUUAUAGGAAAAAAAUUGUAAUAUACAUUUCGCUUUACUUUAAACAUGUAAAAUUAAUCAAAAAUUUUCUAAAAGAUCUGGUAAAUCAUAAAAACUCAAUUAAAUAAAAUAAUUAUAAGCUUGUGCGGAGCAUUGUAAACCACGUUAUGACAAAAAAAUAAACUACGAAUAAAGAACA